AUGUCAGGAAUCUUCGGAGUAAUCGUGUCGGGACGGACACCGAUCGAGGUGCUUCCAGUCUCGGAUUCAGAAUUCUCGUGUGAAAUCGUCAAUGCGGAUUCCAUCAAUCACGUCGUCGUCUUCCUCACCGGCGCUCAGCCGUUUCCAGAUGGAAUUGGUGGUUCUGUAUAUAUUCGUUGGCCGACGACAGACGGCGGAAAUUGGCACUAUUUGGGAUUCAUUUGCAAUCAGAAGCCAAGUGCAAUCUUUAAAGUUGCACAGCUCCACAAAUCGGAUGCCUCUCACAGCGGUGUGUUCAACAGUGGUCAACAAAUGCAAUUGUAUUCGAGUGGCUCCGCCCAAAUCGGAAUAAAUGCAGAGAGUUUAUCAAUUAUUGAGGGAAGACAGGCGGCCGAUGGUACUCAGGCCAGUCAACAGUCGACACUGGUUGAAUUUGCGGAAAAGAUGAUAAGAAAUCUCAUCAACCACACCGAAUCAUUCACACAACGUCUUGUCGACCCGGCUACUGGAGGACGCACCCAAGAGUACAUCCCAGUCACCGCCUUCCAAUCCUGGUACAACUCAUUCUCCCGUCGUUUCCAAGCGAAUCCCUACUUCUGGAGAGCUCUCAACAAUUCUUGA